AGUGAGGACUGAGACUCCGAGGACGCCACCACCCCCUCAGCUAAUAUUCAAGUCAUCGUCAUCUUAAGUGCCUUACUCUGAGUCUCUGACCACCAUUUCCCUAACCCUAUAUAUACUGACGAUUGAACCUUCAUUUUCUCUCUCUAAAUCAUACACAUUUCUCUCCCAUCAAUGGCCACUGCGUUACAUUUUGUCAUCCUCCCUUGUUCUUCUUCCUCCAAUCCCCGUGCGGCUUUGCUGCCUGGGGUGGUGCCGUCGCCGACAGUCGUAUCGGUAGGCCGGAGUUCUUUUUCGUUGCCAGAAUUCUCGGGUUUGAAGAUCCACACCAAUUCAAAUUCUGCUUUGGCUUCAUUGAAUUCGAGGACUUCGAGGGUUUUUCGUCGAGGAGGGCGAAUUGUGUGUGAAGCUCAGGAGACGGCUCUUGAUGUUCCUAUUGUGACUGAUACAACAUGGCAGUCACUUGUUCUCAAGGCCACUGGCCCUGUGCUGGUUGAGUUCUGGGCCCCAUGGUGCGGCCCCUGCCGUAUCAUCCAUCCGGUAGUAGCUGAACUCUCUGAAGAGUAUGCAGGGAAGCUCAAGUUCUUUAAACUGAAUACUGAUGAUAGUCCUUCAAUUGCAACCCAAUAUGGAAUCCGAAGCGUCCCAACAACCAUGAUAUUCAUCAACGGUGAGAAGAAAGAUGCAGUCAUUGGUGCAGUGCCUAAAACCACACUAACUGCUAGCAUUGAGAAGUUUUUGUAGAGGUGGGUAAGCAAAUGUCUUUGCAAGGUUCUUCAGUCUUAUGUCUCUUAAAUGUUUUUCAUGUUGCAAAAUGAAUAUGUUUCCAUGAAAGUUUAUAGCAGUUUUGUGUAGUUUUCAAGGCUUUAUUGCUCAUGUUUAUGCGUGCGUAAGUCAAAAUUUUAAUAUUUUUCUUUCUCAUCUGAGCUUCUCCAAUAAGAAUGUUAGCUGAAUAUUUGCUUUAUAUAAAUUGCAUGACCAUUUUGGUGGGAAUUGCUCUUUUGUCAA